GCCGAAGGAGGAAGGACCCCCCUCCAAGAUGGCGAUGCUGGCGGAGCCCCGUAGAAGGCAGAAGUGGUCUGUGGAUCCACGAAAUAGCGCUUGGAGUAAAGAUGAGUCUAAAUUUGGCCAGAAGAUGCUGGAAAAGAUGGGCUGGUCCAAAGGAAAGGGUCUUGGGGCUCAGGAACAAGGAAAUACAGAACAUAUCAAGGUUCAGGUGAAAAACAACACGCUGGGCUUGGGAGCAGCCAUCAAUCAUGAGGACAACUGGAUUGCUCAUCAGGAUGACUUCAACCAGCUCCUGGCUGAACUGAAUGAUUGCCACGGACAGGGUGAAACAGAGUCCUCAGUGAAUAAUCGGAAGAAGACAUUCAGUCUCGAGGAAAAAUCCAAAUCUUCCAAGAAACGUGUCCAUUAUAUGAAGUUUGCAAAAGGUAAGGAUCUCUCUUCGCGCAGUGAAGAUGAUCUGUCCUGCAUAUUUGGGAAGCGACAGAAGAGUAUGAAGACACAGGAGGAUCUGACCAGUCCUGAGUCUCAGGAGGAGAAACAGGGGAACAACUGGCUCUCUGAGCCCAGGGAUGGGUACAACACAGUGAAGAGUGUCCUCACCGUACAGGAAUAUUUUGCCAAACGCAUGGCAAAACUAAAGGGCUCCCAGAAUGAAACAGAAACAAAGGGGGACAAUUCCCACCUGGCAACUGAGGAGGCUCUGGAGCCUUCGGAAGAACUGAAAACCAAAGUCAAAAAGAAAAAGAAGAAGCAGAAGAGAGAUGAGGCAGAGAGCGCAGAGCGUUGCGAGGAACCAAAAGUCAAACAGUCUAAGGUAGGAAGCUUGAAUGGGAAGGAACUGGAUGCUCCGUUAAAGGAGUGUCACCUGGGGAAAAAGAAAAGGAAACAUAAAGAGCAGCACGAAGAGGGAAGCAUUGGCUGUGAUGAAAAUAUGGGCAAUGGAGAAAUUUAUACCGGAGUAUCUGAUGGAGAAGAUCUCAGCGUAGAGGACUCUGAGGCCAAGCAAAAGAAACGCCAUAAGAAGAAACACAAAAGGCAAAAAGAAGAGACAGAUGAGUGUGUGGAAGGAGAGCAGAGAAAGAAAAAGAAGCACCGCAAGCACUUUUAACCAUUUAAGAGUCAAGCUGGGACUCUGGGGUGAUUUGAACCCGUGCCAGAGGGCUAGAGGAGAAGUCUGUGUAAGGACACCAGCCAGACUGUCAUGCAGUCUUGAGGACAUUGCUCUACCUCCAACUGAAACCAGUGUUUAAAUACAGCUUUUUUUCAAGGCAGGACACGCUGACAGGCCAACAUGAGUUUCAGGGCCACGUUAAAAAGGUGUGGGACCAAGGCUGGCAUGACUGCAAAGCAGGACUUGAUAAAUUUAUUUUUUUUUCUGAAUCUAGGGGGAAACAAUAAUUGCCCUGCUGCUGCCUUUAAUGAUAAAGCCACUCUUGUUCUCACUUGUGACAGCCCAGCUCUGCUUCUGGAAACUGGAGAGGGGUUUAGUAUGUAUUUUUUUCACCGAUUUUUGCAAAGUCCUGUCUUAAUUUUUUUCACUGAUCUCCUUUUACAUCUAAACCAAAUGUUGUUUCUUCCCCAAAUCCUUACUCAAAUGAAAGGUUUAUGCCUGAGUGUCCGUACUAAUGAACGAAAUAAAAAUACCUCCCUUGGUUUCCUUUCUCAGUUGUUAACUAUCAUCAAGCAGUUGUAACUUUGCAACAAAGCUCAAGCAGCUGUGCCUUUAUUAAACCUUCGUUUCGGUUACCUUCAGUGGUGCAUCUGGAAAUCAAAAAGUUGUCUUGGACGGAGCAAAGUUUUCUGUGAAACGAAGAGAAGGAACAGAUUUUAAAAGCGUGGCUGGUCGGGUGCGUUCGUCUUGCCAUUUAUACAUUGAAAUUCUGUGAUUUAGAUUUAUAACCAAAUUAGAGCUUUGUUUCUGUUCGUAAGCCUGGAAAUAAGUAAUGCUGGAUCUCGGCAGCUUAAACACAGGGGAUGGAUUUUGGCAUCUGAAUCUCCCUCCGCUGAGUGCUGUCAGCAGGGAUGGGUGAGCUUGGAAGUGGGGGAACGGGAAGAAGCCCAUCACCAUCCUGGAGCCUGGUUCUGACACUGCUUUGGCCACGGCAAAUUGCCAGCCCAGCCCUGAAAUCCAGCCAGUUUGCAUGGAAUAAUCCAGAGGAGCUGACCAGAAUUCAAACCCCUUAGCUGUUGGUUUGACUUUGGGCCUGGGCUGUGUCUCAUCAGUGUAAAUCUAAAACAUCCCCCUUGCCCUGUUCCGUUGAAUAAAAUAGGGACUUUUUUUUUUUUUUUAAUUGUCUCAGCUCAGUUGAGUUGCUUAACGGGGUUUGAAAAACAUUGUCAAGAUGCAGAUGUGAAUAUGAAAAAAUUUCCUCGAGCUGCCUUUAUUGUCCGGUGGGAGAAGCUGAGUCUGAAGCACGCAGUCCCCGUGGCUGAAGAUGUUUUAGCUGCAGCUGAAAUCUUCCUUCUUGGGUUUUUUUUCUUUUUUUUUGAGAUAUCUUGGUUUACAGCACACCUUUCUUGCCCUCAGGACACGCUCAUUCAUUGCAGUGCAAUUACUGGCAUUUUCUUUAUUGUGAGGGAGAAGGGGAUGCCUUUCUCUGUGUUUCAGGCUGGGGUGAAACUUUUUCAACCUUGCAGGAUUUGCUUUUCAGCGCUGCACAAAUAUUGGCCCUGAUGGGGCUGCUGUGGUUGGGCUUCUUCCCUGCCUUCCCUCAACGAAACUGCCGCUUAAUGCCAUGAGGUUGCCGGAGAGUUUCGAGUAAACUCCAUGCUCGGGGUGAAAAAAGUUCUAUUCUUGAUGGAAAAAAAACAGCAAAAUCAUUGAUUUAUGUUAUAUUGAAGCAUCCUGAGUUUUGUGGGCGCCUCUCAAAACAGCCUUUCGAAUUUCACCCCGAGUUUGAAUUUUUGUUUGUUAGCAGAAGCUAAAAGCUUGACGUUUUCCAGUGGUUUUUAUUAUUUUAGAUUUUUUUUUUUAAGUCUUGAGCAGCUAAACUUAAGGCCAGGCUGGAUGGGGUCUUGAGCAACCUGCUCUAGUGGGAGGUGUCCCUGCCCAGGGCAGGGGGGUUGGAACUGGAUGAUCUUUGAGGUCCCUUCCAACCCAAACCAUUCUAUGAUUCAUUCUAUGAUUUGUUUUAAACUUUACAGCCUCUCUGGGAUUUCAGUUUGAAAAGGUGCUAGUCAAGGAACGGAGUUUCUUUCUCCAAAUACCACUGGGCUUGUUUGUUUGUUCUCUGUAUUAAUCUUGCAGGAGUUUCUGUGUGCUAAAUUCUUCUGAGCGUUUGGCCGGAUUCCAGCCUUGGUUACGGAAAGAAUAAAACCAAGAGUAAAUCUUUA